CUUUGUUUUUCUCUCUUGGUUGUAUUGAAUAAACACGACACAGUCAUAAUUUUUGUUACACUGGUUUAUUAGUGUGGUCACAGUGAUGGAAGUGAUGAACUCAUGUCGCUGCUGCCUGCGUUGCCCUCCGGACAAGGACCUGGCGACGUCGUACGCACAUCUCGGCAAAACAGAGAUAUAUUCCCACAUGCUCAAGGAGUGCUUUGAUCUACAUCUAUCAGUUGAUGGAGACGUCUCACAUGUGAUCUGCUUGACAUGUGUGGGCCGCCUGCGAGACGCUUGUGACUUCAAGCUGCAAGUGCAGCGCAGCCAGGCAGAGCUGGAGGCAGCACUGCUUGCCAAAGUGGAGCCUAUGAUUAAGAUUGAAGUGGCUGAUGAGAGUGGGUGUGAAAUAUAG